AUGAACGAUGUGGACGUCGGGAAGCAGAUCCAGCAGAUGGUCCGGUUCAUCCAGCAGGAGGCCCAGGAGAAAGCCAGCGAGAUCUCCGUCGCCGCAGAGGAGGAUUUCAACAUAGAGAAGCUGCAGCUGGUGGAGUCGGAGAAGAGGAAGAUCAGGCAGGAGUACGAGCGCAAGCAGAAGCAGGUGGACAUCCGCAGGAAGAUCGAGUACUCGAUGGAGCUGAACGCGGCGCGCAUCAAGGUGCUGCAGGCGCAGGAGGACGUCGUGGGCGAGAUGAAGGAGAACGCGUCCAAGACGCUCGUCCGCGUCACCAAGGACACCAACGUCUACCGGAAGAUCCUCAAGGGCCUCAUCGUGCAGAGCCUGCUCCGGCUGCGGGAGUCGUCGGUGGUGCUGCGGUGCAGGGAGGCGGACCGCGUCCACGUGGAGCCGGUGCUGGAGGCGGCCAAGAAGGAGUACGCCGAGAAGCUCAAGGUGAACCUCCCCAAGAUCAUCAUCGACGGCAAGGUCCACCUCCCGCCGCAGAGGGCCAACGACGCCGCCCACGGACCCGCCUGCUCUGGGGGCGUGGUGCUGGCGUCGCAGGACGGCAAGAUCGUCUGCGACAACACGCUGGACACCAGGGUGGAUGUUUGCUUCAGGCAAAAGCUUCCUGAGAUCAGGAAGAAACUCUACGGUCAGCAAGUGUCACAAUAA